AUGCGAGCCGGGCCGGAGCGACCAGGCGGCAGGCGCCUGGAAAACGCGGCCAGCCGACCGGCCCAGAGCCCGGCCGGGCCCCCGGAUGUGGGGGGCGGGGACGGGGGGCAACCCCCGCCCACCGCGAGCCAACCUGAGCCCCGCCCGGGCUCGUCGCGCCGCCCAGCCACCGCGCGCCGGAGCCGCCCGAGCCCCCUGCCGGCUGCGCCCUGCGCCGCGCGGAUUCCCGGCGGGUCGGCAGCCCCCGCGCAGCCGACGUCCCCGGAGGGCGUCCAGCCAGCCCCCCUCCUCCUCCUCCCGGCCUCGCCCGUUCCUCUUCGUUUCCAGAACUCGGCAGCUUCCGAAGAGGCGCGUUCAACUCCCAGAUCCUCGCCGCCUCCUCUUAGGUGUUACUGGAGGAGAUCGACUGCGUUCAUAGAGUCUGUCUUUCCCAUGAUUCAGUUAUGGACCAGUGGAAAGGGCGGAGUUUACGAAAUCGGACGGAACGAAGUUAAUACAACACAAACGGAGGUCUUAACCGUGGAGAUAAUGAAAAGAUAUCAGCGCGCAGGCAGGGAAGGGGGACUGAACGACCCCCCCUGGGAUGACUGACAGCCUCCAGCCACCUCCCACGGACUCCCUAUCUCCAUCUCCUUGUGCCUGAAGCCCACAGCGAUGCCCUUAAGCAGGUGGACAGCAGCGGCUCAGGGGCUGGCGUGGGGUAGGUGCACAGUUCACCGCCAGGUGGCCGAAGGCUCUAGUUCAGAGCCUUACCUUGUUAGUUCAGCAGCAACUGUGCACCAACCUACUCAACACCCGCAAUGAAUGACAUUUGAAGCUCAGAACCGUGCCAGACUGAGGGGCGUGCAUGUGAAAUGCAUCUGCGUGGCUCUCUCCUUUAUUUACUGCUUACUACUUGCCAGUCACUGUGCUAAGCACUUGGCAAGUAUAAUGUGGAGGAGAGUUUUGAAUUGUGUCACUGUGAUUUUUUUUUCCCCUCUGUCUUCCCUUGGCUGUGACCUCCCUGCCAAAGCCAUCGUUUGCCUUGGUCUUGCUGCGGGAAUGUAAAGCUUUUACUCCAGUUCAGAUCUGAGAGCCAGCAGGGUUGGAAACAAGAAGGAUUUUGUGAACUUUUUUAGUUCCCAGGCCUGGCAGAUAAGCUCAGAUGUCUUCAAACUAAGGGUACACAAACUUCUGGGGUGCACAGUCUUUCCAGGUGCAGGGGCUGGGAAAACCAGAAAACAGGUUUUACUAAUUUAUUGACUGAUACACAGAAUCUGAAAAAGAAUCUUUUUAAAAAAUAACUGAUUAAGUUUUUAUUUUAUUUUUUAUUUUUUUAAGUUUACUUAUUUUGAGAGCAAGAAAGUGAGCAGGGGAGGAG